AUGCACUCUAGGGCUGCCUGCGACUUCUCGCUUUCAGGGUGGUGGGAGUAUGCACGAGGAAGUCGAAGCCGCAAUGUCCACAACCCAGGAACUUUGCAACUUGAUCUUUACAAGAAGUUGUUUGGACGAAUCUCCAGUGCACGCGCACUAGAAGAGACUAAGUCAAUGGAAGAGCUUGUCGAUGAAUUGCGACGGGGGGAUUUCUCACUGGCAAUCUGCUCAAUGGGAAGGUCUCUUCGGCGCCUAGCUCGUUCGAUCACCAAGAUCUCUGCUGUCCAGGACUGCAGCGAUGUGAACAUUCCAGUGAUGGUUCUGAGAAACUGGGGUUCAAACGAGCCCCUCGUCAAGACGACUUGCAUGUGCUGCGGGCGCAUCGACUACUGUGAUAGCAACCUGAGGACCUGCGCAGAGUGUUUGACAGCAAGUGAUUGCAGCUCAACAUUCUCCCGUUGUUCUUCUAACCCCGGGGGUGUCUGCAGGAAGAUUGCUGUGGGUGUGCACGCGUCGGACGAAUGUUUCUAUGCUUUCCAGUGGGCAGUGGAUAACAUCUUCCGUAAGGGAGAUGAAAUUAUCUUGAUACACGUGAAAUGCAACAAGUCUUCGUCAGGUUGUGCUGCUCCGCUGCUCCCGACCUACUGCCAUGACAGCGGUGGAGUGCUUCACACAUUCGAGCAGUGGUGUCAGGCCAGAGGGCUCAAGUGCGUCAAGGUGGAGGCUGAGGGCGAUCCGGCAAAACAGUUUGUUGCAUGGGCCGAGAUUCAUAUGGUCAACCUGGCUGUCGUUGGUUCACGGGGGAUGAGCUGGUUGAAGAGGGCUCUGGGACGGUCUGUCUCAUCAUACGCCGUGAAAUACUGCCACUGUCCAGUCUUGGUAGUUGGUAGGCCAGAUCUAAGAGCGAAUAGCAGGAGGAUCUCGAUCGCCAGCCAUGCGAUGUCAAGUGAAUCCUUUCGCAAGUCAUCAGACACAAAGCAUGUGCAAGAAGGGAGCGAGAACGCUGCUAUAGCUGUACGGGAUGUCGAGAUGUUGAACCUGACACGCUUUGAAGUCUCCAACUUCUCAUUAGAGGAUAUUGAAGAUGGAGAUUCUAGUGACUCCAGUGAGUUGAAUGAGAACAAGGACGUCAGUGACGAUGCCGAAGAGAAACAGAAACUUUUUCACGAUUUCCAUCAAGAUUUGAAUCAAGAUUUCCAUCAAGAUCUGAAUCAAGCACGGCUACCAGAGUUGCUAUCCUCAUAACGGGACUGAGAUGAAUUUACCCGAACGUUGUAAAUUUGAUAUGUUGGGACCUCUACAGGCUCCACUGUACGACGAUGAAUAAUGGAACAGAUUCCAGUUUGAACAGGCUGAUAACCGACAGUGUUGUGUUGAAUUCGUUUGCCUAGUUAAUUGCUCUAAGAUCCUUUAUUAUGCUUUUGCUUUCAAUAAAAGCUACCGACGAGCU